AUGUCACUUUCUCGGUCAAUUUCUUUCUUUCAUAACCUGCUCAUAUAUAUUACCCUUCCCGUCUCUCUCUCUCUCUCUCUCUCUCUCUCUCUCUCUAUCUAUCUAUCUAUCUAUCUAUCUGUCUGUCUAGCUAGUUACUUCUUUGAGGUUUUAAUCCCCGAGAUCUUCAAGCUAAGAGUUCAAAUCCCAACAAGCAAUAGUAGAAUGCAGAUAAUUCAUACUUGUCUCUCUGCUUCUGUUUAUGCUAUCUAUCUAUCUAUCUAUCUAUCUCACACACACAAUCACGGUUUGACUGUAUUCCUUUCUCUUUCUUUAUCUCAGAUGAUCUAUUUUUUUUCCCACACCCAUCUCUUUCUGUCUGUCUGUCUGUCUGUCUCUCUCUCUCUCUCUCUCUCUCUCUCGCUCUUUUUCUUUAUCUUUCGCUUUCUCUCUGUCUUCCUCCUCUGUCUCUCACUCUCUUUACACUCUCUAAGCCUUUCACUCUCUUUCUAUCUUUCCCUAUCUCUCUCAGCAUCUGUCUCUCUCUCUCUCUAUCUCUCUAUCUCUCUCUCUCCAUCUCUCUUUCUUUUCUUUAGUUCACCGGCUUACAGCCAUAUCACGUUGAAACACCUCGUCGGACCCCGAAAAGCGAGGAUAAGACAUGAGUUCCAUAUCAGCUGUGACCGCUGCGAGCCACGUCUUGAGUUGACCACCUCGGCGCUUCCUCCAACCAGUGGGUGCGUUUGGCGCCACCAGUUUACGGACGAACUCAUCACCAGGCCGCCGCAGCACGUGGCCGAACCACCGGAGUCUUCUGUUAAGCAGAGUUUCUUCCAGGCCCAGAAUGUUGCAUUUGGCACGGAUGGACGAGUUGGGGUCCGGUCGGAGAGGCGCACGCGCAGGAUACGGCGGAGGCAGGCAAGGAAUAUGUCAACAACAAUACGCACUAUCUAUCUAUCUAUCUAUCUAUCUAUCUAUCUAUCUAUCUAUCUAUCUAUUUCCAACCUUCACUCCUUUCACUAA